AUGCCCUGUGCUGUGCCCUGUGCUGUGCCCUGUGCUGUGGCCUGUGCUGUUCCCUGUGCUGUGCCCUGUGCUGUUCCCUGUGCUGUGCCCUGUGCUGUGCCCUGUGCUGUGCCCUGUGCUGUGCCCAGUUCGGUGGCCUGUGCUGUUCCCUGUGCCCUGUGCUGUGCCCUGUGCUGUGCCCUGUGCCCUGUGCCCUGUGCUGUGCCCUGUGCUGUGCCCCUGUGCCCUGUGCUGUGCCCUGUGGUGUGGCCUGUGCUGUGCCCUGUGCCCUGUGCCCUGUGCUGUGCCCUGUGGUGUGGCCUGUGCUGUGGCCUGUGCUGUUCCCUGUGCUGUGCCCUGUGCUGUGGCCUGUGCUGUGCCCUGUGCUGUGGCCUGUGCUGUGCCCUGUUCUGUGCCCUGUUCUGUGUCGUUCACUGUGCUGUGUCGUGCUGGUGA